CACCCGUGAAUAAACCUAACUCUGUGGUGGGAAAAAAAAGACCUAACUCUGUCUUCACUCUUCCGUCUUACCCGAGAUUUUCUGCCGCUGCAAUAAGGACCAGCGUCGCCGUCACCGGCUCUGGCCGUGAAAUCUGAAUACCCAUUUUAGAUGAGUCUGACGGCAGAUUCUCCAGUGCACUCAUCAAGCAGCGAUGAUUUUGCAGCAUUUCUCGAUGCAGAGUUGGACUCUGCUUCUGAUGUAUCACCUGACCAACACGAAGUAGAAAAUGAAGAAGCAGAGGGAGAGGAAGAGGUGGAAGAUGAGGAAGGGCAAGAUGAAGAUGGUGGCGAUGGUGAUGAUCUUGAUGAUGGCGCCUCAGAUUCUAGCAGGAUAAAGAAGCGCAAAGCAGAGGUUUUGGAAGAUGCAGUGUAUCCACAGAGUUCAGCAUCUCGUGGAGAACCAGCAGAAACUUCAGGAGCAUCUUUGGCUCUGGAUAUAUGCUCACAUCCUGGUGUCAUGGGAGGGAUGUGUAUAAGGUGUGGGCAGAAGGUGGAAAACGAAUCGGGUGUGGCUUUUGGAUACAUACACAAGAAUUUGAGGCUUGCAGAUGAUGAAAUUGCUCGAUUGCGUGACAAAGACCUGAAGAACUUAUUACGUCAUAAAAAGCUGUACUUGGUUCUUGAUUUAGACCACACACUUCUGAACUCAGCUAGACUUGCAGAUAUUUCAGCAGAAGAAUUAUACUUGAAGGACCAACGAGAAGUACUGCCUGAUGCUUUGAGAAGCAACCUUUUCAAAUUGGAUUGGAUACACAUGAUGACAAAGUUGAGGCCAUUUGUCCACACCUUCCUGAAAGAAGCCAGUAGUUUAUUCGAGAUGUACAUUUACACAAUGGGUGAACGUCCUUAUGCAUUGGAAAUGGCAAGCUUACUUGACCCUGGAGGUAUCUACUUCCAUUCUAGAGUGAUUGCUCAAGGAGACUGCACCCAGAGGCAUCAAAAGGGCCUUGAUGUUGUUGUGGGUCAAGAAAGUGCUGUCCUGAUCCUUGAUGAUACUGAAGCGGUAUGGGGAAAACACAAGGAGAACCUAAUACUGAUGGAGCGUUAUCAUUUCUUUACCUCAAGUUGUCGACAAUUUGGUUUAAAAUGUAAAUCACUUUCUGCAACGAAAAGUGAUGAAAAUGAAGCUGAGGGAGCGCUUGCCUCUGUUUUAAAAGUACUGCAACAGAUCCACAGUCUGUUCUUCGACCCGGAACGCAGGGACAAUAUUAUGGAGCGAGAUGUUAGGCAGGUGCUGAAACAAGUUCGGAAGGAAAUACUGAAGGGUUGUAAAAUUGUCUUCACCCGGGUAUUUCCUACACAAUUCCAAGCAGAAAAUCACCACUUGUGGAAAUUGGCUGAGCAAUUAGGAGCCACAUGCUCCACAGAAGUCGAUCAAUCGGUGACACAUGUGGUCUCCAUGGAUGCUGGAACUGACAAAUCGCGUUGGGCAGUGAAGGAAAAGAAAUUUUUGGUCCAUCCAAGAUGGAUUGAAGCUGCUAAUUAUUUAUGGCGAAAGCCGCUUGAAGAAAACUUCCUAGUCAGUUCAUAACAGUUUGCUAACCUUAGUUUUGAAUAGGGAAUAUAGUGAUUGUAAAUUGUAGUAGAAUUCUUUCAGGUUUAUUUCACUACCAAAAUCAUCUGAUUAUGACAAAAAAAUGGUUCACGGGGGAAUCAGACCAAAAUGGGAACAGGCACAGGUUAAGCAUAUUCAGGAGAAAAGGUGGAUGAAUUUGAUGCUGGAUUGUCUUUCUCAGAGCUUUCUUUGAAUAUAGUCUAGACAUUGGAUCUCGCUUUUCUGUACUACGUUUCGAGUUAAGUUUUAUGUCUAAGUUAUGCAAUCA